AUGGCCACUACAAGCUGUGAUGGUUCUUUACUGCCUGGCCAGAGAUUAUUGGGAAAAGUUGCUUUGGUCACCGGAGAUGCUUCUGGCAUUGGAGAGAGCAUAGUACGUUUGUUUCACAAACACGGUGCAAAGGUUUGUAUUGUCGACAUCCAAGACGAACAUGGUAAGCAACUAUGCUCAAACCUCGGUGAUGACCCGAAUGUUUGUUAUUUCCAUUGUGAUGUCACCGUAGAAGAUGAUGUCUGCCGUGCUGUUGAAUUCACAGUUAAUAAGUUCGGCUCGCUUGAUAUAAUGGUGAACAAUGCUGGGAUUUCAGGUCCACCUUGUUCAGAUAUACGUAAUUUUCAACUCUCAGAGUUCGAAAAAGUGUUUGAUGUAAACGUGAAAGGUGUUUUUCUGGGAAUGAAAUAUGCGGCUGGUAUCAUGAUUCCGCUCAAGAAGGGCUCGAUUGUUUCUCUUAGCAGUGUUGCGAGUGCAAUUGCCGGUGCAGGAACUCAUGCAUAUGUAGGAUCCAAGCAUGCUAUUGCAGGGCUCACCAAGAAUGCAGCUGCAGAGUUGGGGAAGCAUAACAUAAGGGUGAACUGCGUAUCUCCUUAUGCUGUUGCGACACCCUUGGCUUUUGCUUAUGUUCCUGAAGAUGAACGGACUGAAGAGGCCAUCGAUGGUUUUCGAUCGUUUGUUGGGAGGAAUGCUAACUUGCAAGGUGUAGAAUUGACUGCAGAUGAUGUUGCCAAUGCUGUACUCUUUUUGGCAAGUGAUGAAGCAAGGUAUGUAAGCGGGGCCAAUCUCAUGGUUGAUGGAGGCUUCUCCUGUGUGAAUCACUCUCUUCGUGCUUUUAGAUGA